CUGGUGCUCCAUGAGCAGCUCCAUGAUGGGGAGAAGCCCCACACGUGCGAGGAGUGUGGGAAGAACUUCAGGUGGAACUGUGACCUGAUUGUGCACCAGAGGAUCCACACUGGGGAGAAGCCCUACGAGUGUGGGGAGUGUGGGAAGAGCUUCAACCGGAGCUCCCACUUAAUCAUACACCACAGGACCCACACUGGGGAGAAGCCCUUUGAGUGUGGGGGGUGUGGGAUGUGCUUCACAGACAGCUCCAACCUGAUCAGGCACCAGAGGACCCACACUGGGGAGAGGCCCUAUGAGUGUUCCAAGUGUGGGAAGAGGUUUAAGACCAGCUCCGAUCUCCUCCUGCACUAUCAGACUCACACAGAAGAGAGGCCCUUCCAAUGCCCCAACUGCGGGAAGGGAUUCAAGCGCAACUGCACCCUCAUCAGACACCGGCGCAUCCACACUGGGGAGAGGCCCUACGAGUGUCCCCAGUGUGGGAAGAGCUUCUCACAGAGCUCUCACUUGACCCAACACCAACGGAGGCACCGGUAAGGGAAGCCCUGGGAG